CAUCACAAACCCCAAAGACAACUCACCCUAAGCGAUUUGCUGCUCAAUUUCCUCUUCCAUUGUUCUUUGGGUUAGUUUCAUCCUACUCCUGCAGGCAUAUCUGCAACUCAAGGGAACAAAAAUGGCCUCCACUUCCUGCUUCUUGCACCACCAUGCACUCGCUACUCCUAAUAGAUUGUCUUCAUUGUCCCAGCAGCGUCAAGUGUCUAGCAACACCAAGCCUACCAACCAGUUCAUCUGUCGUUCUACCCACAAGCAGCCUCCACAGGAGGAGGAUGUUGCCCUUGUCUCCAGAAGAUUGGCUCUCACAGUACUCAUUGGUGCUGCAGCCAUUGGCUCCAAGGUUGCUCCUGCAGAUGCUGCCUAUGGUGAAGCUGCCAAUGUCUUUGGCAAGCCUAAAACAAACACAGACUUCUUGCCAUACAAUGGAGAUGGAUUCAAAUUGUCAAUUCCAUCAAAAUGGAACCCAAGCAGGGAGAGAGAGUUCCCAGGUCAGGUUCUUAGAUAUGAGGACAACUUUGAUCCCAACAGCAAUGUUUCUGUCAUUGUCACCCCAACUGAUAAGAAAUCCAUCACUGACUAUGGUUCCCCUGUAGAAUUUCUUGCCAAGGUGGAUUUUUUACUAGGAAAACAGGCUUACUUUGGCAAAACUGAGGCUGAGGGAGGUUUUGAUCCAAAUACCGUGGCAACAGCCAACGUAAUGGAGUCCUCAACCCCAACAAUCAAUGGGAAACAAUAUUACUUUUUGUCUGUGUUAACAAGGACUGCUGACGGAGACGAAGGUGGCAAGCAUCAACUGAUCACAGCAGCUGUGAAAGAUGGCAAGCUUUAUAUUUGCAAGGCACAAGCAGGAGAUAAGAGGUGGUUCAAAGGAGCAAGAAGGUUUAUAGAAAGCACGGCUAGUUCCUUUAGUGUUGCUUAAGGAUAUAACCAACGAACUUGUAUGUAAAUCAACUUUUAAUAAUCUAUGAUGUUUGUUUUUAGUCGUCUGUCUAGCCCUUCUUUUUAGGCAAAGUUUCAGAGGGAGGAGGGAGUUGGACGGAGGAUGAUUGUGGAUACCAUAAUAUUUCUUUGAAUUACUUGUCAUGAGUUGAAAUA